UGCCUGGGUUUGUGCUGACUUAAUUACAAAGCUGCAGUGAGUUGAUGCCUUGUGACGGUCUAAUCCCAACCCGGUGACUCUACAAAGCUUUCGCCCGGCUAUCUUGCUGCUCCACUCCAGCCUUGCCGUCCGUGCGUCCAUCUCGGCCCCGUGCACUGACCCUCUGCAGACGGUUCAGCUUUUCCUCUCCCUGUGUCCUGCAGCCAACAGAGGACAGAGGACAACAUGUCUACAGUUACGGGCACCUUCCGCAUCGUCUCGGAGGAGGAGCAGGCCCUGCGCACAAAGCUGGAGCGCCUCACCACCAAGGACCAUGGCCCUGUCUUCGGGAGGUGUGAGAAGAUCCCCCCGCACACCCUGCAGAAGGCAAAGGACGAGCUGAACGAGACGGAGGAGCAGAGGGAGGUGGCGGUGAAGGCGCUGCGGGAGCUGGUGCAGGAACGGGCGGGCGGCGAGGAGGUGUGCAAGGCGGUAGCUGAGAAAGUGCAAGGGAAGGACGACUCCUUCUUCCUCCGCUUCAUUCGCGCCCGCAAGUUUGACGUCCACAGGGCCUAUGACCUGCUGAAAGGCUACGUGAACUUCCGCCAGCAGUAUCCUGAGCUCUUCGACAACCUGACCCCCGAGGCCGUGCGCAGCACCAUCGAAGCUGGCUACCCCGGCAUCCUGGCUAGCAGAGACAAGUAUGGCCGGGUUGUGAUGCUCUUCAACAUUGAGAACUGGGAUUACGAAGAGAUCACCUUCGAUGAGAUCCUUCGUGCCUAUUGUGUUAUCUUGGAGAAGCUGCUGGAAAAUGAAGAGACCCAAAUCAACGGUUUCUGCAUCAUUGAGAACUUCAAGGGCUUCACCAUGCAGCAGGCAUCAGGGAUCAAACCCUCUGAGCUCAAGAAGAUGGUGGACAUGCUGCAGGACUCCUUCCCAGCACGGUUCAAGGCCGUCCACUUCAUCCACCAGCCUUGGUACUUCACCACCACCUACAACGUGGUCAAACCUUUCCUGAAGAGCAAACUGCUGGAGAGGGUCUUUGUGCACGGGGAGGAGCUGGAGUCCUUCUACCAGGAGAUCGACAUUGACAUCUUACCAGCAGACUUUGGUGGCACCCUGCCCAAGUACGACGGCAAAGCAACUGCAGAGAAGCUCUUUGGGCCCCGCAUUGAGGCUGAAGACACAGCACUCUAAACUGGGAUCCGCUUCCCUUCCCCUGUAAAAUAGGAUCAGAGGUGGCCCUCUAACCCCAACCACCUCCUUAUUGUAGCAUUGAUUGAAUGACUGCUCGUGAUGAAGCGCUCUGGGCACGUUGCUCCAUGCCUGUCCCUCCCCUCCCCAAACCUGGCAGCAGGCUGCCUGGCAGC